CGUCGAUGGAAGGUUAAUCAGCUGAUUCUGAGCGAUCAAAUGAACCAAAAUAACGGGGUUUUAUCUGUCAAAACAGGCUUAACAUCUAACGACAAUUGACAAUGUUCUGAUCGGACACGGUUGACAUGCUUUAUUGGGAUCGCCAUCAUGGACAAGAUUUUGGAGGGCCUCGUGAGCUCCGAUCAUUCUGCACCGGUGAAGAGAGCCAUUGUGAAGAAGGUAGUGGAAGCGGCGGAGAAAGAGGUGACAGAGGAACAGUGUCAGUCGCUGUUUACUCUCACCACCCGCCUCAUCUUGGUCGGUGAAGAUGCUUUUCAGAGGCAGAUUGGCCUCCAGGUUUUGGACGCCUACGCGCGUUAUCACCGCCCGGAGUUUGAGCAUUUCUUCAGUAAAGACUUUGUCCUCAGCCUUCUCCAGCAGGGCUAUGGGCAGCUUGACCGCAAAGACCCAGCUAUUAUAGACUACAUUCACUGCUGCCUGCGGCUGCUCAUCAGCUGUCCCUCGGUGCUGGAGAUCUUCAGCGUGAUCCAGGUGGAGGUUUUAAGGAUGGUCUGUGAGCGUCCGGAGCCUGCUCUUUGUGCCCGCCUGAACACUUUGCUGUCGGACUUUGUGCAGUGCAUCCCGAGGGAUAAGUCCGGCGUUUUGUUCUGCCAGCAGCUGGUGAGGACCAUCAGUUACUUCCACUGCUUCAACAACCAAGAGCGGGAGCUGAGAGAGUAUGUAGGUCAGGUGACCAAGGUUAGCACGCUGCUGCAGAACAUCUGGAAGGCUGACCCAGCCACACUGCUUCCCUCCCUGCAGGAAGUCUUUGCCAUUAUCUCUUCCACAGACCCCUCCUUUGACCCAUCCAUUGCUCUGGCCAGUCUGGUCCAGCACAUCCCCGUCCAGAUGAUCACAGUGCUUAUCAAGAGUCUCACCACAGACCACAACGUCAAAGACGCAAGCAUGACUAAAGCUCUCUGCAGGAUGAUUGACUGGCUUUCUUGGCCACUGGCUCAACAUGUUGAUACCUGGGUCAUCGCUCUACUCAAAGGACUGGCUGCAGUUCAGAAGUUCACGAUCCUCAUAGACGUCACCCUGCUUAAGAUUGAACUGGUAUUCAGCCGUCUGUGGUACCCCAUCGUGCGGCAGGGGGCGCUAGCUGUGCUCUCGCAUAUGCUGCUGAGUUUCCAGCACUCUCCUGAGGCCUUCCAUUUGGUUGUUCCACAUGUGGUGCAUCUAGUCCAGUCUUUGAGGACAGAUGGUCUACCCACCAGUAAAGCUUUCUUGCUGCAGUUCACUGAGCUCAUACACUGCAUGAUGUACCAGUACUCUGGCUUCCCUGACCUCUACGACCACAUACUAGAGGCCAUCAAGGAUCUCCCAAAACCUGGAGAGGAGAAGAUCAAGUUGGUGUUGAAUCAAAGUGCCUGGACGUCUCAGUCCAACUCGUUUGCCUCAGGUCUUCUGAGGCAAACUGGGAAGUCUGAGACAGGCAAGACUGGCCUGGUCAACCUGGGCAACACCUGCUACAUGAACAGCAUCAUCCAGACCCUCUUCAUGGCCACAGAUUUCAGGCGCCAUGUUUUAUCAUUACACCUGAAUGGCUCCAACAUACUAAUGAAAAAGCUCCAGCUGCUCUUUGCUUUCCUUGCACACACCCAGAGGGCAGCAUACGCUCCCAGAAACUUCUUGGAAGCAUCCCGGCCUCCCUGGUUCAAUGUGGGCUCCCAGCAGGACUGUUCGGAGUACCUCAGGUUUCUUCUGGACAGGUUACAUGAAGAGGAGAAAACACUUCAGGUCCUUGAAUCAGCUCAGCCAAAGGUCGCCUCCCCUGUUGACGCAAGCAGCAAAGACCCGACUGGUCAGACUUCCCCAGAGGAGGGAGAGGAGUCGUCUUUGACUCCGGCAGAAAGCAAAUGUGGGAAUGACAGGAGGACUUUGAUAGAAACGAUGUUUGGUGGGAAUCUGAUCACAGGUAUUCGCUGUAUGCAGUGUAACUGCAUCUCUGAGAAAGAGGAGCCUUUCACAGACCUCUCUUUGGCCUUCUGUCCCUCUUCCACCGCUCAGGACAGCCCUCGACCUGAGGGGCCCUCAGAGGAGCCCAAGCUUCUCUGUCAGGGAUCCGUCAAUGGCGGCAGUGAGAUUCCUGACCCAGGCUCGGCCAAAGCCCCGGCGAGCAAUGCCCAUUUUGUGCCAGCAACAAACGAGCCUCCCCUCUCUGUGCCUGACCUGGUUAACUAUUUCUUGGCUCCAGAGAUCCUGGACGAAGAGAAUGCCUAUUUCUGUGAGAAGUGUAGCUCCCUCCAGCGGGCCGAGAGGACCAUGAAGGUGGUGUCAGCACCUCAAUACUUAAUCCUUACCCUGCUGCGAUUCUCAUACGAUGCCAAAUGCCAUGUCCGGAGGAAGAUCCUGGAAAACGUCACCAUCCCGCCGCUCAUGAGACUUCCUGUACACGCCCCUUCGCCGCCUGUACAAUGUUCCUCUUCUACCUCUUCUCCUCUGCAGGUGGAUUCUCCUGAGAGCAGCGAGAAUCUGGCCAAGAAGCUCAAACCAUCUCAAAAAGAUGAGGAGGAAGAGGAGCCGGAGAGGAUAGAUGGAGCGGAGCAGAUAAAUAGAGGAGGAGAGAUGUCUGUUCAGUCGGUGCCCUAUGUGCUCAGCUCAGUGGUGAUGCAUUCCGGCGUGUCGUCCGAGAGCGGCCACUACUACUCUUACGGUCGUAACAUAAACGGAGCAGACGGAACGCAGCAUCCGGCGAGCCACUUUGCCCUCAAGCAGGAAUUAGGAAAUGGCCAGGCCGAGUGUGGCCUCUCCACCUGCUCAGCUCUCUCAGUUCCACCUGAACAUGGAGACACGCUGCCUAAUAGCAGCCAGGAGGCAAGGGAUUGGCUGCUGUUCAACGACAGCAGAGUCACAUUCUCAUCCUUCCAAUCAGUGCAGAACAUUACUAAUCGCUUCCCCAAGGACACAGCGUAUGUGCUCAUGUACAGGAAGCAGGAGCUACCGGGGCAGAGCGUAAAUGGGGGACUGAUGGCAAAUGGGAUGAGAUUGAGUGCUGAGCCUCCCCUGCAGAAAGAACUGCUUGAUGCUAUUAUCAAGGACAACAAGCUCUAUUUACAGGAACAGGAGCUCAACGCUCGGACCCAGGCUCUCCAGGCGCCUUCAUCCUCCUGCUCAUUCAGGCCCAACGGUUCAGAUGACAAUAACCCACCAGGGAGCUGCGGCCCAUCUGGUGGAGGAGGAGGAGGAGGAGGAGGGGGAGGGGGCUUCAAUACCAUUAGUAGACUGGUCUUCUGAAAAGAAAAGGAAAAAAAAAAAAAGAAGCGGCAGGAAACCCUGACGAACUGCCACUGAGGGAGUCCUGUCAUCCCGUAGAUGUGCAUAUACCCUCGUAAAACGAUCUAAAAACACACAAACACACACAUUCACACACACACCGAGCGUCUGUGCAGGUUCUGAUCCGAAAUUUGGUUUUGCUAAAGUCUUUUUGAUUCAGUAGCCUUUAUACCUCUGCCUCAGUCAUCAUCUAAUAUUUUUUAACAUUAUUUUAGAUUAUUUUUUGUUAUUCCAACAUUAUAAUUUGUCAUUAAUCCUCCAAAUUUCAAAACAUGAGGCACUUGAUACUGAUUGGUGCAAAUGUAUUCGCUCCUUUUAAAUGAAAGAAAUAUGGCUGAAUGUAAUUUGAUAUUAUAGAAAUAACUUCAGCCAUUAGUCUUCUACUAAAUCUUUACAUACAUGAUAAAUAUGUAAAGCUGGUUCAUUUUAGAACAUGUUCAUAUCUGUAUAGUAUAAUAUUACCUCACAUGCAAACACACACACACACACACAAACAUAUGCAAAUACAUGCAUGUGCAGUGCACAGAACAGAAGAGAGCGUUCAGCUGUAAGAUAAACAGACUGUUUUGAUUUGUCACAGUUCUGAAUGCACAGAUCACAACCUUUGGUUACUUACGUGAUUUGCAUGCGGCUUUUCUUCACCGGCUGUGGAGUUUGAUUUUUGAGACGUUUGAAUCUUUUUUUUUUUUUUUUUUAUGUGCGCUUUAGUGUUUUCUAAGUUUCAUAACCCAUGCAAUAAAUGUACAGAUGACUUCACAUACAGAACUAUAUGUGGAAAAUUGAAUACUAUUUAAGGGAUUUCCAAGAUAAAGGCAUUUUCAGUAUGAAUAUUUAAUGCUGUUCUCCCACGAACAGGUAGUGUGAUCUACAGAGAACUAAAUUACAAACUGCUUGUUUUGGCAUAUUUGACGAGAGUCCACUGUUUGACGGCAUGUAUUCCUCUGAUUUGGUCAUUCAGGGAGACUUUUGUGUUCGUGCUGAUUUCAUGUGCCUUUUGAUAUUUAAUGCAGAUUUUUGAAGAGGAAUUUGUCAGGAUACACACCUCAGCUGUACUGUGUUGAUGUUCAUAACGGCCUCACCUUUCCCUGCAGUAAAAAGAAAUCAGCGUUUGUUGUAUCGUCUAACUUACCCAGGCAGGUUAUUUAAGGUAAAGUUAUUUGAAGUGGCAUGUCGGCCAAGAGGUGGGCUGAUGUUGCGAGCUAAACUAUAAAUUUAACGAUUAACACGUGAUGAUUAAAAUGAUAAGAAGUAAGACACGAUGAAUAUGAAAGGCAGUUAAUAAAUACUCAAUCGAGCGAUGGCGAGACGAACCAGCAGAUGGUUUCUGGAAACAAAUUAAUUUUUGUGGAAAUGAGCCAGACACCAAAGGUUAUUAGUGUGUUGUUAUGCUCAAACGUACCUCAAAGUCUGUGUCACCUUACUUGUCUCAUUUCCAUAAUUCCACGUCUCCACUGCAGUAAAUAUAUUGACCACUAGGAGCCAUCUCCAGCGCUUCAUUUUAACUUGAAUAGAACACCUACUGUACAUAAUUUGUACUCUUCUUGCAGUAUGUACAGACCCUGACAUCACCAGUGCCAGGUAGCUAGAUCUAAGUGUGGCGAGAUGGAUUUGAAGCUGCAAAUGAUGCAUUUUGUAAUGAAUACAAUGCUUAAAACUGAAAAUAGUUUAACGUUCAAUUCAGUACAUUAUUGAUACUGAAAACCUCGAGAAUUCCACUUAAAAACAUGCAAAUUUUUGGUGUGACUUUGUUGAUUAAAAAAAUGCAGAACUGUC